AUGCUCCGAUUCCUCAAGCUCACCAAACUCACCUACCUCCUCGUCCUCGCCCUCUCACCAGCAUGGGCCCAAACAUACCCCAUCUGCAACAGCGCAUACAUGGACAUCCUAAACACCUCCUUCCAAACCACAAACGGAAAAGUAGCUGCUGCAACCACACCAGGUCUAAAUAACGGAAUCACGCUAACCAUGAUCAAAAACGUGUCCGAUCCCACCGCAUACCAGCCUACAUCAUGUGGGUUUGCAGCCACCCUGAAAUCAGUGGGGCAGUUGCAGUACGGUGUCAUGUCUAUGAGGGUGAAGACCGCGAGUACGACGCCUGGUGUUGUCACGGCGUUUAUAUUGAGGAGUACGGAUGGAGAUGAGAUUGAUUGGGAGUGGGUUGGAGGGAAUAAGUAUCAGGCGCAGAGUAAUUAUUUUUGGAGGGGAAAUCAAUCCAAUUUCGGAAACUCGGGAUACCAUAAUAACUUGUCUGAUACCACUGUUACGGCCUACACAUAUACCAUUGAGUGGACGAAUGCGUACAUCAGAUGGUGGAUUGACGACAAGCUCUACCGCACAGUGGCAUUCCAAGACACACGAGGCCAAUUCCCAACAUCGCUCGCAAAUGUCGAACUAGGCGUAUGGGAUGGCGGGUGCUCACAGCUCGGUGUGCGGAACUGGGCUGGUGGAAUAGUUCCUAAUGGAGUCUAUUCUGCUACGAUGGAUUCAUUCAAGGCCUGUAACUUUGUGCCUAGUAAUGGGACUGGUAAUGGAACGUUUGUUGCGAUUCCACAGUGGGCUUCGACGUAUGUGCUAAAUGGAGGGCUUAGGUACUUUGAAGGAGGCAAUGAAUUCAGGAUGAAGGCAUGGAAUGACAACUUGUCGCACUUGGAAGGUGUAGAAAAUGUAUACCUGUCUCAGUAUGAGGUGUCUCCUGCUGCCAAAGACGUCUUUGUGAGAUGCACGGAAUUCUUGGAACGUUUUGGUGAAUUCACGGAUUUAACUGUAUGCAGAAAGCAGUCCGAUGCUUUUUCUGCUUUACGCGAAUACACGGCCGCAAUGGAAGCUCUGUUCACGGAGAAAUGGCGGCUGUAUUGA